AUGGCCUCGGGAUUUGAAUCUUCGAGGCGAAACCGCGCUCCGUCCGUGUCCAGCAGCAAUGGUUCACCCUCAGUCUCUGCCACUAGGCCACUUCAGAUUAAUCGCCCUCCGUCCCGCCCCACAACUCCCAGCAAUGGCUUUUCGUCCUCGCCUAAAUCAUCCAUAAGUACACCGAGAGGUCCCUCUCGUCCCCAGCGAUCCGACCUUCGUCCUCGUCAACCCUCCGAUUACUCUACCACAGAUCAUGCUUCCGUCUCAUCACCCUUCUACGAUCGUCCAAUAAGAGACCGAAAAGACAGCAAUGCUACAACUUCGUCAGACCUCUCAGUAUCACAGCGGCACCGCCGUGAUCUCUCAACAUCAGACAACAGACAGAGAUUGGAGCCCCAGAGACAGGACUCCGGUGUCUCCCCCACAACACCUGUUAUGGCCACUGUCAUGUCUGCUUUUAGCGCUGCAGGCGCGCGAAAGCGGGCUAUGACUAAUGGAAGUAUUGAUAUCGAGAGAGAAAAGGAGCGUCAGCAAGAGAAAGACAAGGACCGCGCAACGCGAGAGCGAAUACAGGAGCGCAUGCCUGGUAGAAGGACUACGGGAAGGACGAGAACAGGAGAUAUUGAUGCUGUGUUGGAUCGAAUAGACGCUGAAUGGGCGUUCAUCAACGAUGACGAUUUCAAUAGCAUCGACUUGGCCCUCUCAUUAUUCGAUGGUUCGAACGAAGGAAAAUCCAUGGAUUCAUUCCGUCGCACGAAAAUUAUGCUCUCGAAGGCGCUUCAGGGUUCAGUGGACAGACACUAUGAGGCAUUUGCCGCAGCUCUUCCACAUCACUCUUCCCUCCUCAACCAUCUCAGUCUUACCCAGACUCAAAUAGUUGAACUCAGGACAUCAUUGCAAGAGUCAAAAGAGUCAUUAGGAAGCAAACGCGCUGAUCUGGUACAACUGUGGUCGAGGGGACAAACACUAGAAGAAAUGAUGCGACUGCUUGAUGAUAUUGAACACCUAAAAUCAAUACCGGACCUCUUGGAAACGCUCAUGUCAGAAAAGCGACUGCUACAGGCUGCAAUGGUCCUAACGCGUAGUCUAAAGCUUGUGAAUAAGUCGGACAUGCAGGAGAUAGGAGCAGUGACGGAUCUACGAGGUUAUCUAAUUGGCCAGGAAUCGGCGCUCCGCGAUAUCUUGCUUGAUGAGUUGCACAAUCACCUUUACUUGAAGACGUACUGGUGCGAGUCUCGGUGGAGCGCUUACGCCCCUGGCCAGCAGAACUUCCCGAAGGUCGAGUUCGAAGAUGAACCGGUUUCUAGCGCAUCCCUUAAAUCACCUCUGGACUCCCCAACUGUCCCUUUCACCCCAAAUGCCCCAACGUCACGUCUCACAAGAUUCCUGAAUUUACUUCACAUGCGCCCAAACGACCCUCCUCAAGGACCCAGCGAUAACAACUUUCGCAAGAGUGAUUCGUCGGCCGAUGGCCUCGGCUCGAAACCCUCAUUCUCGUCAUCGUGGAGCUUGACGGCAAUGAAUGGACCACAGGCAAAUCAGCAAGUCAACCCAGAGGCAGACUCUUUCUCUUACAUGGAGACUCUGCUUGAAUCGCUUGCUGUCCUAGGGAAACUAGGGGGUGCUCUCGACAUUGUUGUCCAAAGGCUUCAAACUGAGAUAUUCUCGUUGAUUGACGCAACUUUGGAUGAGGUUGAAGAGCGAAUAGAGGAAUCCAAGCGGUCAUCGACCGCCCUUAUUUCUUCCGUAUUGGAGCGACAGGAUUCUGCUGGGUAUAUGAUAGCUGUGGGAGAGUCUAAUAACCCCCUCAAUUCCUCUCUAGGUAUACCGAAUGGCACCAGCAUAGCCUUGCGCGCAUGUAGCCUACGGCUGGCAGCCCUGGAGUCCUCUACAACAGCCUUGGAUCAAGAGACGCUGAAAGACUUUUUCUGGACUGUGUUCUCGAAACUCGAUGCCGUCACUCAGAGUAUGCGUGUGAUCUACGAAGUGUCGAAUCGGAUAGGCUCACGGAGGGACUUCAAGGACUCAUCGGGGGCUCGUCCUGGUUCGUUGUUCCCUCUCGCAGAUGUAUGGCUUCCCGUACAGGCGCAGGUACGCACGCUACUAGAAGACUAUCUCAUCGACGAGGAACAAAGCGUCGUUGGUGGUAGGAGCUCAAUAGCAUCCAUCAGUGAUACGCUCCGCGAGGGACGCUACUUGAGGGAUAGGUCAAAGGCAGUUUUCAAAUUCGCCGACACCGACUUGAAGCUUGCAGGCAAAACACUCAAGCAGCACGAAGAUGGUUUAGCGAAAGUUUUGAAAGACACCAUGCCCGGUCUUGUCCAAAAUGCUUCGGAGAACGAUAUGCAAGCCAUGCUGUCAACCCUUGGCGCUGACGAGCGAAUGGGAACUGGACAGCACCAUCGUUUGCUAGUUCACCCAGACGCUUUCCAUGUCGGCGUUCUGUUCCAACCUACUGUGGCUUUCUUCGAUCGCGUGGCGGACAACCUGCCUGCCGGUGUUGAUAAUUCACAGUCUGCCAAUGUCAUAUUGGAUGAAUUUGUGCAGAAGGUUUACCUACCACAGCUAGAGGAUAGAAUAUCUUCCUUGUUCCAUCAAGCUGUGUCAGGCCUUGAUGCCUUCCAACCAGACCCCUUCUCAGCUCAUAUUUGCGCUCGCCCUAUCGCUCGAUCUAGCACCCAGCUUAUGGCCAUGAUAAACUCGUUGUGCGCUAUGCUCCGGACAAUGCCCAUCCAUCGAGACAGUUAUUCUCGACUUGUAAUGGGGGUCAUCAUCCAAUUCUAUCAACGCUGUAGCGAUCGCUUCCAAGACUUGGUCUCCAUUCACAGUGUUACGUUCGCGUCAGCACCACCAUUAGCGCUAGCAGCCCAGUGGGCUCAGAAAGCAGAGCUCAACACAUGUCUCACUGAGCUACUUUUGGGCGCAGCGGUGGAUGAGGUCAAAGCUUGGCAGCUUUGCCGACAAGAAACACAUUUGGAGAUGACGUUCCUCGACGGGGAUACCGUCCGUGCAGAAGACUUGGUUCCGUCAACCCGCAACUUUGCUGCGUUGUGUCACUUGUACUACAGUGUGGCGUGGUUCGCCUCAGAGCUUGAUGCAUUGAAGUCUUUGCCAGAAGAUGGCUUUUCGCCUGCGACUCCGGCGCUUCGCAAUGACCCCACCAAUGCACUCACUCCUUUCACGGCUUCGUUUUCAGUGCCGCCGCUACCAAUCUCGUCGCAGGAUGAGGCACUCAGUUUGCCGCUGUCUGGGGAGAUGGCCAUGCGAUUCGGGGCGUUACUCAAAACUUACCGACAACUCGCCGAGGUGGUUGUUGAGACUAUUAGGAUCGACGUGCGAUGUAGAGUGGUGCAUUACCUUGAUGCAGCGUUUAGACAUGGAAACUACGACAUUGACCACGAAGCGAGGGAGCCCGAUCCGUACAUUGUUGAUCUGAACACGGAACUAAACAAAUGCGAUGACUUUGUUUCGUCGGCAUUACCGCCGGCUGAACAACGGUUUGCAUUCCUUGGGCUGGAGGAUCUCAUGGAACAUCUUCUUAUCUCCAAUGCACGCUUUGUUCGGACAGCGAACUCCUACGGCGUCAAGAAAAUCCUGAGGAACAUUCUUGCCUUACAACAAAGUGUGAAGAUGAUUCGUGGCCAUUCCGAGGCUGAGUUCGAUCGUGCCAAGGGUUAUUAUCAGUUAUUCUUCUUAUCUCCUCAGGAUAUGUUGGAUAGCAUUCGCCAGAAGCAGAUGCACACAUUCGACGAGUACAAGAUCAUGCUCAACUUGCAAUGCGGCGUCGAUUCAACUCUGGGCGAGGCCGGAUCAGCCCAGGCCAACAACAGGGCGUACAGCAUGUACUGCAUUGACCUACAUGGAAUUGAGCUGGAGAGUUCGGCGGAUAACCAGGCUUCAUAG